AUGUCAGGAGGCGGUACCUCUGGUAUAGUCCUCGCAGCCCGACUCUCAGAGGAUGACUCCAAAUCUGUCAUCAUCCGCGAGGCCGGGAGGAACCUGGCCGACGAUUUCCGGGUGCAGACCCCCGCCCUCUGGACGACUCUCCUCGGAUCAGAAGCAGAUUGGCAGCUUAUUACCGCUCCACAGACCGAGCUGCGCAACCGUAUAAUCAAGGAGCCCCAGGGAAAACUUCUUGGUGGCUCUUCCGGUAUCAAUGGCCUUCAUAGGUCCCUCCAGGCUGAGAUCCAUGCCUGGUCCAAAUCGAGUGCGAUUGACUGGACAUGGGAGAAGCUAUCACCGUACUAUAAAAAAUCAUACACCCUCCAGUUACCCGACGAAGCCACUAGGGAACAUAUCGGCCUGGGCUGGGUUGACCAGAAUGUCAAUGGGGACUCAGGCCCUAUCAAUAUCUCCUUCCCUGCUGUACUGCAAGACCCAUUGUCCAAGGCCUGGGUCGACACCUUCAAAGGAAUCGGAUAUAGUCUUACUGCCGAUCCAUUCUCCGGCAACUCUAUCGCCGGGUAUUCUAACCUGGCGACAGUCGACUAUAAGACAAAAACAAGGAGUUACGCGGCAACUGGGUAUGGCCUUCCUGCCAUGCAGCGGCCGGGUGAUGCCGGUGUUACGGCGACGGGGGUGAAGGCGAUUUUACAAGGGGAGUUAUCUACUAUUAAAGCGAAAAAGGAGGUUAUCCUCACUGCAGGAGCUCUCAACACCCCAAAGCUACUUGAACUUUCUGGCAUUGGGAACAAGGCAAUUCUAGAUCAAUUCAACAUCCCUGUUGUUGUUGAGAAUCCUAAUGUGGAUGAGAAUAUUCAGGACUAUUUAAUGAGCAGGAUCAGUUCUGAGCAGGAAGUAAUGCAAAAUGCAAUGCAGCUCUAUACCAAGCACAAGGCAGGCCCGAUCACUAUUGAAGCUAAGCAGGCUUAUUUGAACAGGUUCAUUCCACAGCCAGAAGGCCGAGACCAAGUGAUUCGAGACAUUUACGCAGCUGAUAACGAGCCCACGUGUUCAAUCUUCGUGGGUCAGGAGCUUCUUCCCGGGAACUUUCUCAGCUUGGGUCUUGAGCUCAGCCUACCAUACUCUCGCGGAUCUGUCCAUAUCGCCUCGGCAGACCCCAAUGUGCCCCCUACUAUCGACCCUCGGUAUUUCUCCAACCCGUUAGACCUAGAUAUCAUGGCCCGCAACUUGUUGGACUUCCUGGUCUAUGGGGUCACUAACCUGCGGGUGUGUGAUGCCAGUGUCUUUGCCUUGGUGCCGCCGGCUAAUAUCAUGUCUACUGUGUACGCUGUCGCGGAGAGGGCGGCGGAUAUCAUCAAAUCCGAUGCUUGA